AUGGAACAGCCUAGUGGACAGGGGCAGCUAAGGGAACAUCCUAGUGGACAGGGGCAGCUAAGGGAACAGCCUAGUGGACAGGGGCAGCUAAGGGAACAGCCUAGUGGACAGGGGCAGCUAAGGGAACAGCCUAGUGGACAGGGGCAGCUAAGGGAACAUCCUAGUGGACAGGGGAAGCUAAGGGAACAGCCUAGUGGACAGGGGCAGCUAAGGGAACAUCCUAGUGGACAGGGGAAGCUAAGGGAACAGCCUAGUGGACAGGGGCAGUUAAGGGAACAGCCUCGUGGACAGGAGAAGCUAAGGGAACAGCCUAGUGGACAGGGGCAUCUAAGGGAACAGUCUAGUGGACAGGGGAAGCUAAGGGAACAGCCUAGUGGACAGGGGCAGCUAAGGGAACAUCCUAGUGGACAGGGGAAGCUAAGGGAACAGCCUAGUGGACAGGGGAAGCUACGGGAACAGCCUAGUGGACAGGGGAAACUAAGGGAACAGCCUAGUGGACAGGGGCAGCUAAGGGAACAUCCUAGCGGACAGGGGCAGUUAAGCGAACAUCCUAGUGGACAGGGGAAGCUAAGGGAACAUCCUAGUGGACAGGGGAAGCUAAGGGAACAGCCUAGCGGACAGGGUAAGCUAAGGGAACAGCCUAGUGGACAGGGGAAGCUAAGGGAACAUCCUAGUGGACAGGGGCAGCUAAGGGAACAGCCUAGUGGAUAG